AUGCCAAAUACCAAAAUGAUCCAAGUGCCCCAUCUGGGGGGUAUCGACGCGGCCUACCAAAUGCCGCGGGCCUACGAUCCCACCAAGCCCACGCUGGUGUUAGUCAAUGCGUUCACCACGUCCUCGGAGCUUUAUCGGGCUCAGUUCAGCGAUCCGCAACUGUCGGACCAGAUGAACCUGGUUGCGAUCGAACUUUUAGGCCAUGGGCAGACUCGCACAAAUCGGGAGCAGUGGACAUACUGGGAUACCGCGGAGAUGAACCUUCAGGUGCUGGAUGCAUUGAAGAUUGACCGCGCAUUUAUCCUGGGCACGAGCCAGGGAGGAUGGGUGACCAUUCAGAUGGCGCUGCUGCGACCGGAGAAGGUUGCCGGAGUGAUCCCUCUUGGGACCUCGAUGGACAGCGAAUCGGACCGCAGUCGCAAGCUGCAGUGCUGGGACGGCCCGGCCAUUGUCUCCAGCUUCGUGACACAAUGGGCAGCGAGCCAAGGUGAUCCAGCGUUCGAGCCCGACGACAGCUACUGUGAUGCCCUCAUCAACAUUGGCUUCAACGAGUGCUCCGCCGACGUCCGCGACUUCUGGCGGUCGACCAUCAAGUCGACGUACCGCGGAGAAGACGGUCAACGUCGCAUUCGCAUGGCCGCCAUCAACCUGGCCGAGCGGGGAGGAUUGCACCUACGCCUCUCCGAUGUGCGCUGUCCCGUGCGAUGGCUCCAUGGCACCAAGGAUGCGGUUUACUCGGUCGCGAAUGCGGAGGAAGAGAUCAAGAUGUUCGUGAACUCGCCCGAUGCACAGUUGGUCCCGAUCGAAGGUGGCGCACAUUUCCUGAACUGCUCUCAUGUGGCUGAGGUGAACCAGGCAGUCCUGGACUUUGUUAGCCAGUACAAGUGA